AUGGCUCGGGAUCCCCUAUCUGAUAUAGUGCAGAUUCGUCGGUUUCAGAUAAAGUUCUCCUUAGAGCGUGACUUUUACAGUGCGCUUUCCAUACUCAGUGAUAUCAAGUGCCCUUUUUCAGAGUCAAAUCCUGGCUCAAUGCCAGGGACUCGCAGAUUGAUCUCAUCACAGUGGCCUACAGGGCCAGUGCCACCUGCACCUCAUUCAGUGGGCUCCUUCUCUAAUGCACCUGGAAUAGCUGCUAUUCCUGCUCUGAGAGUUCCACCUUCCCCACUAUAUUCACCAGCAAUUAGUCUGCCGGUGAUGACACCAGACCCUACUCCCGGCGAACUGAGUCUAUCCUCAUAUACCGCCUUUCCAGGUCACUCAGCGCCCAAUGACAACCAAAGACACAAUUCAAACAGCGCUACUGCUCCUAUGAGACAGUCACUACUUCACACCUCGAGCGACGAUACCUCAACUGGAGCAGCGUCCAGACCUUCAUCAGCUACAGUUUGUCACGACAGUCAUACUCUCAAUCAGAUUUUACCUCCGAAAAGAGACCUGCCAUUUCCCAGACAACAGGCAAAGAGACCGUUUCCAACAUUGCUGCCACGAGCUUCUACCAUGUCACACACAGACGCAUAUAAGAAAAUGCCUAAUACAGCUACACAACCAACACUUAGCACACGGACACUACCCCAAAACCAAAUAGACACAGAGAAGACGCACAAUUCAAGAGUUAUUACGCUCAAAUACCGCCCAUCCACACACCCACAGCCCAUUCAAAUAGAGCCUACCCAUAGUCAAGCCUCCCACAGACCUAGUCUUACACACCCGAACGCUACACCACACAUACUACCUACUCACGAUUCCCCACUUGCGAUCCAGCAGGAUGCACCUUCCCUUCUGGAACAACGUCCAACUAUUAGUCUCCAGGAGCCUCAACAUAACCUCCUCACUGAAGCAGAUCUCUCAGUAUAUCUGGCGUCGCCGACUGCGGAGCGUACACAGAAGCUGGAGAACUGGAUCUGCAGGCGCAUCGAAGACGACGGGUUUUUGCAGCUCUGUGAGGAUGUGGAAGGAAUAUGGAGAAGGUUUGCAUUGGGCAAGUAA